AGCCGAUGUGGUCCUUUUUCGUCUUCAACCAACAGCAUUCGUCACCGUUAGCAUCCGUUAGCUAACACAAAGUCACGCGCUGCAGCGACGCGGGAAUAAAUGCACGGUGCAGGCGCCUAAACCCGGACAGCAUCCACCUUUUUAGUGAUUCAUUUGAGGUGGUCCCUUGGAGGUGGUGAAUCUCAGCGUCGGACGAACAUGUGGAGCUCAGGCCGUCGUGUCCUUCAGGAUCUGAUGAGCCAGCCGGCUGUCAGGAGUUUCUCUCGGACUCCUCCGCAGAACACCGUUGUGGUGGAGCGCUGGUGGCAGGUGCCCUUAUCUAAAGUCGGCAGUCCGCCCAGGCUUCACCCUCGACGACACCGCGUCUACAAGUUGGUUGAAGACACCAAACUUGCUCCCAAAGAGAAGAUGGAGCUCAUCCUGACUCAGACCGUACCCAAGCUUGGCGGGCGAGGAGACACUGUGUUUGUGAAAAAGUCCGUUGGAAGAAAUAAGCUGCUGUCCCAAGGCCUCGCCGUGUAUCCAUCGCCGGACAACAAACAGAUGUUUGCCGAGGAGUUAAGACUUCUGCGUGAGGGGAAGCCAGAGGAAAGAAUCCAAACACGCACUGGACUAAUGACGGUGGAGAUCCUGAAACGCUCAAAGUUGAAAAUACACCAGAUGCCCCUAGAGGAGUUCCAGCUCAAUAAGGAGGUGGUCUGCAGACACUUUCAGAAGAAGCUUGGAGUUGUGGUGCCACCUCAUGCAUUGAGUCUCGCCUUUGAGUCAGUCAGAGAUGUGGGGGACUACUGGUGUGAAAUUACAGUUAAUGGAAUGGACACAGUUCGUGUCCCCAUUUCACUGUUGCCGUACGAGGACCCGUCUGCUAGUUAUCAGCGACAGUUGAAAGCAGAAAGGCAGCAAACCGAUGCCGAUGUCUCCGAACCUGCUGCUGCGGUGGAGGUGGGAGCGGCUGUUGAUGAUGAUGAUGCUGCGGUGGAGGUGGGAGCAGCUGUGGGUGGUGUUCCUGAUGCUGCAGUAGAAGCUGAAGCAGGUAAAGACUCUGUGAGGCCAGUCAGUGGAGCUGCAGAAGAGGAAACGGCAGCUCGUCCAGAGACACCACAGCGCGAAGUAACAGCUCGAAAAAAGACUAAUGGACCACAGUGAUUUACUCAUAAUACAAUUAUACAUGAAUCUAAA